UUCAACAUAUAUACUUCAAGAAAUAGAAACUUUUUAGUAGAUAUAUAUUGUAUGAAAGGCACUGAUCAAUGGAGAGAACCGGUUUGAUAUCCGGUUCAAACCACCACCUUCACCUACCACCCGGUUUCCGGUUCCACCCGACCGACGAGGAGCUGGUGGUUCACUACCUCAAGAAAAAGGCAGCUUCCACUCCAUUGCCGGUCACAAUAAUAGCUGAAGUUGAUCUCUACAAGUUUGAUCCAUGGGAAUUGCCAAGUAAGGCAAAUUUUGGGGAGCAAGAAUGGUAUUUUUUCAGUCUGAGAGAAAGGAAAUAUCCGAAAGGGGGUCGACCAAAUCGAGCAGCAACUUCAGGAUAUUGGAAGGCCACUGGCACAGACAAGCCAAUAUUUACAUGCAAUGGCACUAAGAAAAUUGGGGUGAAAAAGGCACUUGUUUUCUAUAAAGGAAGGCCACCAAAAGGGAUCAAAACAAAUUGGGUGAUGCAUGAAUAUCGCCUUGUUGAUAACAAUUCUUCUCUAACCAAGAAAUGCUCUUUAUGGCUUGAUGAUUGGGUAUUAUGUCGGAUUUACAAGAGAAACAAUUCAAGCACAUUAGUGGAAAUGGACAAGGAAGAUUCUAUAGAGGAGUACACUACAACAACAUGUUCAACUUCAAUAUUGCCAGCCACACCAAUGAAUUUAUUUGAGCAACAUAAUCCAAAUAUUGAAGGAGCUUUGAGAGAUUCCAAUUUUGAUCAACUUCUUGAAAAGGAUAAUGAUAAUUAUUUUGGAAAUAAUGGAGCUUCAUCAGGUUUACAAGUUGAUAGUCAUGAAAAUGAAAAUAUUGGCAAUUCGGGCUCAUUUCUUUCAAUGCUCAAUGAUAUUUCACCAAGAAGUUCACCACUCAAUUCUUGGUUUUCUGGCUAAUAGAUAUGGUAUUUUAUUUAAUUACCAAAUCAUUAAUUUACCUGGAAGUAAAUUAAAAUUACAGGAAUUCUGUAUGUUUGAAGAGAAGGGGAAAAUAAAUAUAUUGGAUAAUUUACUCUUUUUGUGGCAGUUUAAUUAUUUAUUUUCGAAUUUUAGUUAUGAAAUUAAUUAACAUCACAUGGCCUAGAGUAAAAUUCUGUUUUAAAACUAAUUCCUCUUCCUUUUAUUCUUAAAGAAAAGUGAAUGGAAAAAGUUUUUUUUUUUUUUAGAAUUCUUAUAUUUAAUUGUCUAUUUUAAAAUUAAUAUGCAUAAUACAUAGAUAGACAAUUAGACACUUAAACUUGGCCU